AUGCCAUCAAAAGGAAAACCUCGCACACAAGAGACGGAUGUGGACUCUGAACCCGACAGCAGACGCGGCGCCGAAGGACCGACUUCGAACGUUUCACAGGUGCAUGACGACGUUCGAAAUCCUUCAGCAGCUUCGGGAGUCACAUCAUCCAACAUGAACUUGCAAACUGUUGAUUUCGUCGCAGCCGUGCAAGCUGCAGUUCAGGCUGCUAUGAGAGAAGUCGUAAACAGCGCGGAUGCAACUGAGCGCACUACGCAGGGUGAUCCGGUUACCCGACACCUAGCUGCGGAAAGCGGGAGGCUCGUACCGGCAUUCAACCCAACAACAAGCACUUCGCUUACAGCCGAGGAAUGGAUUCGGAAAGUUGAUGACUUGGCAGGAGCGUACGACUGGAACGACAAACGGAAAUGCUGUUACGCUCUUCUGAAACUUCAAGGUGUCGCAAAAACUUGGUACGAUGGGGUGCCAUCACCCUUCAACACAUGGGAUGAAUGGAAGGAAGAACUUUGCAAAGCAUUCCCCGAUACCGCGAGUGCUCAGCGCAGAUUUCGAGAAAUGGAGUCCCGAAGGAAGAUGAAAAAUGAAUCCCUCGAGGAGUACUACUACGACAAACUGACAAAAGCGCGACGUUGCAAGCUUGAUGACCGCCCCUGUGUUGAAUACAUUAUAACAGGACUUGGUGAAGAAGACAGCAUCCGAGCCUUGGGCGCGAGCACGUUUAACCGUCCAGAGGACCUGCUUUGUGCUUUGAAGCGCAUCGAAGAGAGGCUAAUUGGUAUGAAGUCUACGGCUGGGCAAAAGCAAGCAAAUCUGCCUACGAAAAAGCGAGAAGAUGUAACUGGCUCUGAUGAAGCGUCGCAAACUCAGGCUUUCGAUACGAAGAAAGGUCCGCGAUGUUACAACUGCAAUGGUUUUGGCCAUAUUUCUUCGAAAUGCCCACAACCUUCGAAGAAGCAACGGUGUGGAAAUUGCAACAAACCUGGACAUCUAACUAAGGAGUGCCCAGAGAAAGCUAGCGUUGCGAAGGGUAAAGAUGUUGCUCAGCACAUCAUGGAGACUGGCAGCGAGACGUCUAACGCAAAGUACUUUAUGGAAGCUAAGGUAAAUGGGAACAGCGUUAGAUCAUACCUUGAUUUGGGUAGCCAGUGCGUUACACUUCGUGAAAGUGACGCCAGUCGCAUGCAGCUGAAAUACGAGAAGCUUAACAAGCCAUAUACGAUCAACGGCUACGGCUCAGGACAGAUCGUGCCUCUCGGGGAAACACGCGUCUCCCUUGAAGUAGACCAGGCAACUGCAGAAGUAGAUGUGUAUAUAGUGUCAGAUGACGCUCAGAGAAUACCUUUAUUGAUAGGACAUCCAUUUACCGAACAGAAUCACAUCACGAUUGUCCGCCGCAGGAACGUUGUAAGGGUUUUCGAAGAGCCUUUGACAGAGAAUCUAGACGCAGAUGAAGAAUCUCUGAUGAACAUGAAAAUUCCAGACCUUCCUCAAAGACGUGUCAACUUGUGGUCAGCAGAGGCAACCGUUAUACCGUCUGGGUACGUAGGUUUUGUGCAGCUACAAGCACCGUCAGACCUAGCGGCUGGAGAUGUCUUUAUAGAGGCUCAGUUUCGACCACAGGCUAAUUCUGAAAGCUGUAUUCCUCGAUGCGUGAUCAGUAUCGAUGACACACAUUCAAGCUGUGUGCCAGUGAUGAAUUUAUCAGCACGGGACUUGCAUAUACGUCAGAACGAAGUGGUGGUUAGAGGAGACUCUUGCACAGAAACAAGAGAACCGGUCGAAGAACUGAAGUCUAACCUGUGUUGUGAAAGAUCCCUGGUAGACUUUUCACAGGUCAACAUCGGACCAUGUGUACCGCCGAAGCAACGUGACAACCUGCUAACACUCCUUGAAAAGUACCGAAAUUGCUUUGCCGUGGAGGUGUCUGAGAUUGGUUGCACGGAUGCAGUCGAAAUGAAAUUGGAGCUCACAACUGAUAUUCCCGUUACGUUUCGACCAUAUCGACUGUCGUCAUCUGAGCGAGAGGUAGUGAGGGAACUCGUAGAGGAACUGAGAAGUGCAGGGAUCGUCGUGGAUUCCACCUCUCCUUAUGCGAGUCCCAUUCUGCUCGUGCGGAAGAGGACGGGUGACUAUCGCCUGUGUGUAGACUACCGCGCACUGAAUCGAAUCACAAAACCGGAUCGCUACCCAUUGCCACUGAUAGAUGAUCAGCUAGAGAGGCUGAAAGGACAGUGCUACUUUACGAGCUUAGACCUCGCAUCGGGAUACUAUCAAAUCAAAAUGACAAGUGAGUCACAGCCGAAGACGGCGUUUGUGACCCCGGAUGGUUAUUAUGAGUUUGUCCGAAUGCCCUUUGGACUGUCGAACGCUCCAGCAGUUUUUCAGCGAAUGGUCAACAGUGUUUUAGGGCCUCUACGCUAUUCAAUAGCACUGGCUUAUAUGGACGACAUCCUUAUUCCGUCCACUAGCGUUGAAGAGGGUCUUCAGCAUCUCGAAGAAGUAUUGAAAGUGCUCCAAAGCUCAGGACUGACGCUCAGGUUGGGCAAGUGUUCCUUUCUUCAAGAUCAAGUAGACUAUCUUGGCUACGAAGUCUCUGCCAGUGGUAUUCGGCCUGGAAGACGGAAGUUGGAGAGCAUAUUAGACUUUCCGAGACCGAACGAUGUUCAUCGCGUGAGACAGUUCCUUGGACUCACAAGCUAUUUCAGACGCUUCGUCAAGGGGUUCGCUACCGUGGCCGCGCCUUUGACCAAACUGACGGCGAAGAAUGUACCUUGGGAAUGGACUGACGAACAGGAAACAGCAUUCCGAGCAUUGAAGUUAGCCAUCACAGAACGACCAGUUCUCGCACACUACGCUCAGGAUGCAGAGACUGAGGUCCAUACUGAUGCAAGCCAGGACGGCCUGGGUGCAGUUCUCAUGCAAAAGCAAACUGAUGAGAGAUUUCAUCCUGUGGCUUUCGCUAGCCGACGAACCACAACAGAAGAGAGAAAAUACCAUUCUCAUGAACUCGAAACCUUGGCAAUCGUCUGGGCUCUAGAGAAGUUUCGCGUCUAUGUCCUUGGAAUCAAGUUCACCGUGGUGACAGACUGUAAUGCAGUCCGGUGCACAAUGACGAAGCGCAGUUUGCUGCCACGCAUUGGACGAUGGUGGUUGCGCUUACAGGAGUUCAAGUUUGACACGGAGCACCGACCGGGAUCGUCUUUGGCCCAUGCGGACGCAUUAAGUAGAUCGCCUACCGGAGAUCCAGAGACGUUGGAGCCCGUAAAUGGAAUGAUACUGGCUACAAUGAUAACCGAGGACGACUGGUUAGUAGCAGCGCAGGCGACCGACUCCAGAAUCAGAAUCAGAGACCUUAAGACACAGACCUUAAGAGACAGAAUCAGACCUUAAUAAGACCUUAAGAGACAGAAUCAGAGACCUUAAGGCACAGUUAGAAAAGAGAGAUAAUCUCUCGAAAAGUGACCUUGUACUGCAUU